AUGACAGAGGCGACAUGCCCGCAGUGGCUCUCGCAGGCGGAAUAUUUGCGCUGCCGCACCGACCCGUAUCGUGCUCUCGAUGCUGCUCAGAGACGCGUCAACGACAUCCGCAGGAGCAUCCUAGCGCUGCGGUCGUCCAUCAGGGCGCUGGAGGAUCACCCCGUCGUGCAGCUUGGCCGCGCCGCUCGGCACUUUGAGAAGCUGCGGGCGGAGCAUUUUGCGCUUGACGACGUCCACAGCGAAAAGCUGCAGCAGCGAACGGCGCUCAUGCGUAUUGCCGAUACCCUCCGUGAGGAAAAGCGUGUGUUGCUUGGGGAAAUCAACGUGGCGCGUCGAGGCGUCAUGGUGCAGCGGGUGGAGUGCGACGACAUCUCGGCUGCCUGCAGGCGACAUGAAAGGGAGCAGAAAGCACGUUUGGCGCUCCAGGAGGUACAGGAGGUGCAACUGGCCGCCCUGAUUGAGCAGGAACGUGACUGCAGCGAGCGUUUAGCAGCCGCUCGAGCCGAGUUUGAUGCACUGUCUUCUGCCGCGGAGCAGCACAACCAGCGGAUCUGCUCGCUGACGACCCUCCACGAGCAUCUCAGUGGGACCCGAGCGGAGCAGGAACGAGCUGCCGCUGCGCUGAGAAAAGAUGUGACGCAGCAGGAAGCGGAGCUGGCGGAGGUUUUGGCUGGCCUGUGGGACUACAAGACUGAGGUGUCGACGCGCGUUGUGGCGCUCCAGCGCUUGGCGCAGGAACGGCAGGAUGAGCUAGAGCGUGUGCGCCGUCUGAGUGAGCACGAGGUAGACACACUGGCGGCGCACAAUAAGGCGUUGGGUGACGCGCUGAAGAAGACGUCCGAGUUGCUGCUUCGCGUCCGCACGGAGUCGAGGACCUUUAAGGACACGACAAGAAAUGCGAUUGCCGACGGGCAGCUGGAGGUGCAGAAGUAUAUGGGCGUUGUGGAGCUGGUGAAGGAGCAGAAUUUGGGGCUUCGGAGUGCGAUUGGGCGCGCAGAGGAGGUACUGCGGCAAUCGACUCAUCACGCCGCUGAGAAGAACACCAUCAACAACAAGAGCCUUAUCGAACAGGCAAACCUUGUCAGCAAGUUGCAUAUGGAGGUUCAGUCAACACUGGAGGAAGUGCGGCUCGCUGAGGCGCAGCUCUGCUCCUUCUGUCGCGAGCAGCUAUCGGCCGGGCUGCCGUCACUGCAGCAGGACAAGGAGGGUGCAGCGCCACGACCAGGUGUCAAUGUGGACACAGGCCUGCCGUCGCCGCGUGGGAGCGUGGCCGAAACGUCCGACAAAUUUGUUGCGGUGCAUGGCGUUGUAGAGACGCGGACCGAAGAGCUGCAGGAAGUGUCUCGCCUUCGUGAGGCUCUCAAUGCGGUGAAUCUUCAGCUGCUGCGGGAGCGGGGCGAGCGUGAGGCGGAGCGUCAGCUGGAGGAGGACGACAGGCUGAGACGUGCAGCCGACGCGGAGGUCACGCAUCGCGCAGAGGAGGAGCGACGCCGGCUGAGCCAACAGGACGCCGAAAAGAAGGGUGCCGGUGAGGCGGCGCUGACGUACACGGUUCAGUUUGUGGACGGCACGAAGAGGCGCGUAGACGCCUUCCCGAGUGACACGGUGGCGGUGAUGAUUUUUCGGGUUGCCCUUCGCGCCGGCAUUGUGCAAUGGCGCAUGUUCUACCUUGCAGAACUUGCGGACGAGGGAACUGUGCUCGGUUCGGUGCACCGCUACCUGAGCCGCAGCGCCACACUGGAGGAUGAGGGCGUCACGCCGCAGACGGCUCUUCUCUUUGAGUUCAAGCACUAUAAACGGCCGCUGCACUGGGACGACGCUGUGGCGCAGGAGUUGUUUUUUCGCCAGUUGCAGCAGCACAUUGUGCGUGAGUAUUACCCCGUUUCGGAGGCGGUUGCGGUGCAGCUUGCGUCGUACGAACUUCAGGCGGUGUUUGGCGACUUCACAGCACAAAAGUCGCUUCUGUACUUUGACCGGGUGGGCCUUGAGGCAUACCUUCCCAUCUCCGUCUCGGCCCAUGAGUACGACUACUGGCAGCAGCGGCUGGCGACAAACCACCGACGGCGCGCCGGGCUGACUGCGACGCAGGCGCGUUGUGGCUACAUCGACGUUGUGAGCACGACGCCGUGGUGGGGCAUGACUUUCUUUGAUGUGAGGGACCGCGACAACUGCCCAUUCAUUGCAGGUGUGGCGGAGGACGGGUUCUAUGUUUUUAGUGCGUCGAAGCAGGAAUGCCUCGACGCGAUUCCGUUCCCUGACCUUGUCGGGUGGGAGCGUUGCCCCGCGGGUGUUGUGAUAAGGCGCCGCGGCACUCACACGAUGACGCUGUACGCCACGAGCCAGUUGCAGGCGAAGGAGCUCGUGGACCUGCUGAGCGAGUACUACAUGCUGCUCCCCCAGCGGGUCCGGGAUGGGAUGCGCAUUGACGUUGGGGAUUUGGAGACGGUAAGUGCUGGGCUCGUCAGCCCGACAGUGUUCGAAUUUCCAGUGGUCAGUCGUCCGCACCCCGCACCGUACGAAUCGCGCGUGGAGUGCAUGAAGGCGGCAUACAUGUCGUACUGUGCGGAAGUGGAUGAGCUGGGGCAGCAGCACGUCCCGGCGGCGGCGCUUCUGCGCGCGAUGGAUCGAGCCGUGGACGAUGGCACGGCGCUGGACGCACUGGAUCUUGCGAUGGCCGACCCUCCCGUUGACGACCGGCACUUUGCUGUUCUCGCCGAAAUUUUAACGUUUACGCUCCGCGAGUACGAACCCCCUGAGAAGCACGAGGGGUGGAAGGAAAACAUUGCCGUCACGGCGGUGCUGCUGGCACAAGCCUCGGUGGAGCGACAGCUCCUGACGGCGUCUUCUGUGCCGACAAUUGCGAAGGUGAUCGCGCUUUUCCCCGCGCUGCAGACGCUUGACCUCUCCUACAUUCCGCUGGAUACGACGUCGGAGCAGCUUGGCGGUGCGCUGGCCAGAGGUGCAAAGCAGCUGCGGCGCCUGGUUUUGAGGGGCUGUCGCGUUGGCGCGCGAGCGCUGCAGUCCAUUUUGGUCAUUUUUGGUUCCCAGAAGCCGAACGCUUUGGAGCACCUAGACCUCGAGGACAACUUCUUGACGCACGCCGCUAUACAUCCCUUUUUGUGA